CAAGAUUAUUGAUUUGACAUUAAGUAUUCUUCCCUUGUGUAUCACCGAUAGAGGACUCCAUAGAUCAGAAUCCCGAGAUUCCUUGCUUUCAAAAUUUACUUUCCCUGGCGAAUUUCCUUUCAUAUAGCAGCCUCUCCAAUGGCUCCAGUCACGUCCGAAGAACAAUCUUCGAGUUCCUUAUCGGGAGCUCUCCAUAAGGUCUUGGUCGAUCUUCAUCAAAAUCCAUAUCCUUACGUCUCAAACCCGCCCAGUUGCGAGAAGCGUGCAUCUGUAGCGCUGAUACUCAGAGUGAGGCCCAAUUAUCAUCAUUGGCCUGAGUCUUCUCUAUCUGGUGCAGAGGAUCGAUCUCUUUCAGUCAUAGAGCAACUUGAUGACUUCUUCUCCCAAUCUUGGGUCCAACAUGGUGAUCCGGAAGUCUUAUUUAUCAAACGUGCCUCAAGAGCAGGUGACCGCUGGACCGGCCAUGUUGCUCUCCCUGGAGGCAAGAGAGACCCCGAAGAUGCAGAUGACCAGGCAGCGGCAGUGAGGGAAGCUUCAGAGGAGAUAGGCCUUGACUUGACCACCAGUAAUUACAUUUUCGUGGGAAACCUUCCCGAAAGAGUGGUUACCACAUCAUGGGGCAGUGUGCCGUUAAUGGUCCUAUGUCCCUUUAUCUUUCUUCAGACAUCGACUGAUUCACCUAUGCUCCGGCUGCAGCCGACUGAAGUAGCAUCUUCUCACUGGGUCUCGCUGAGAGCGCUAUUGUCGCCUUCUCUGCGCACCAUGGAGCGCGUCGACUUGUCUGAACGCUGGCUCACCAGAGGCGGUUUCAUCACGCGGUUUGUCUGCCGUUCUAUGAUGGGUCUUAUGGAGUUCUCUGCUAUAAGACUCGUUCCUACAGAGAGUAUACAUUGUAGCUCAAUCCCUGGCUUCAUUCCGGAAGACAAGAGCAGUCAAGGAAGCCUGUCACUGAUUGACGGCUGGAAAUCCUGGUAUUUGAGUAAUCAAGCCGAUUCUGCUGACAGAGGCCGGCCGCUCUUAUUGUGGGGUCUCACCCUCGGUAUUUUAGCAGACUUUUUGGACAUGCUACCUCCACAUAAUGCGGUCCAGCUCUGGAAAUAUCCCACAUUUACCACUCCAGAUUUGCGCUUAAUUGUGAGCAUAUUGACGUAUAGCCUACGCAAACGCAAUGCUCUUGAGGCACAAUCCGGUAGCUUGGGAAACCUGACAGCAGUAGAUAGCCAGACUGCUGCACUACCUAUUGCCCAAGACGAGGGUUCUGAUCCCAAGCACGAUCCUAACGAAGUCGGAAUUGGCGGGAUGGGCGUCGGCAGGUAUUAUGGUGAAUCUGCAAAGGCAUCCGGGGAUGGCUCUUCCCAUGCGGUGGGGAUCUUGUUGAAAGGUUAUUACGGCCGCCUUCGAACUGCAGUAUGGGUAUUUCUGGCUUGGAGAGCAGCAACAGGUUCCCUCGCAGCAUUAUGUCUGUGGAAGUGGUUCCGGCGAUAGACUACGAUCUGGUAUUGUAUUGUUUAAUUUUAUUGAAACUGCCUGUAGAUCAAUGAAGAUAAAAAACUGUUUCUUUUUGCGAUGUCAAUCGUUGGAAUAAUUCGUGGCAAUCGACGC